GGAAAGAGAUGAGCUUGCCCUUUCCCCCAGCCUCUAUUUCUUCUCACUGACUCAGACUAUGAGGAUUGUUAAGCCAGCCUGGUCCUGUAAAGAGAAGAGGAAAAGGAAGUAUCCUCCUCCAUCUGGGAAAAUUUAAAGAAAGACCAUUAUUAUUGUUGUUGUUAUUUCAACGGACUGGCCGUUCGGAAGGAGGGGAAGCUGCUGUUCUUGGGCGCUCACAAAAACUUGGACCAGAUGGUAGAGCGGCGAAGAAAAGUAAAAUAAUAAACCCUUUGGCAAGGAAGCUCCCGGGAUGGGGACUGGGCUGUGCACCAGGAGGCAAAAGGGCCUCUUGCAAACAGGGUUUUGCCUAGUGGCCGUCGCCUGCCUGGCAUCCGGAGCUUUCCUGUACAACCACCUCCAGCAGAAGGUGAAGUCUGCAGAAGCCUUGGCUUUGAAAUACAAGCAGCAACAGGAGGUGCUUUCGGCCCAAUUGCAAGUUGUUUACGAACACAGAUCACGGCUAGAACGAUCCUUGCAGAAAGAACGAGGGGAACACAAGAAAACAAAAGAAGAUUUUUUAGUCUACAAGUUAGAAGCUCAAGAAGCCCUCAACAAAGAGAAGCAAGAUUCCAUGAACAGAUAUGGAGCCCUGAGCUCGCAGCAUAAGAUCCUGAAGAAUCAGCACGAAGAUGUCAAAAAGCAGCUUCUCGACCUGCAGAUGCAACACAACGGGCUGAAACUGGAACACCGCAAGAUAACAGAGACCCACAACCAGAAAUACUCUCAGCUGCAGAGGGAGAAGGAAAGCGAGGUGGGAGGUUUGCAAGAUACAGUUUACAAGCUCAGGGAGGAGAGCAAGUUGCUUCGCAAAGCCCACCAGGAUGUUCACUCGCAGCUUCUCAGUGCUCAGGUCCAGAUGGAAGAGUUCAGGCAGCUCAAGGAGACCCUUCAAAAGAUGCCAAGCUUUAAGGAAGUGGUUGGGGCUAAAGCCCAGUUGAAGAAUGAGCAGCCCCCAGGACCAGGACUUGGCAUGUUGCAGAUUGUUAGGCCAAAGGCCUCACUAGGCAAUGAAGCAAAACCACCCCUGAGUCCCUUGGGGCAAGCUGCAGUUCCAGCAGGGAGUUCCCCUGUUGCUCCGGCCUCUAGCAUCAAACAGCAGGGAGAAGCAAUCUUGCAUGAAGGCCAGGCUUCACAAGGCAACAGCAGGCCUCAGGGCAAUGUGCCGUUUGGCCAGGUGGCCCCACCCCACGAAGCCCACCUGCCACCUCCAGCCUGGCCUCAGGCAGGGCAAAGGGAUAGCCCCAUAGUCCGCUUCACGAGGAUGGUGAAUAGUGUGCAGAAUGGGAACCAGGAUCAAAAAGUUGCUCAGAGCAUGCCGAGGGAGAGCGAGGAAAACGUUCAUUCUGAAGCCAUGGCGAACAGCUUCAGACUCGUGCCUGCCUCAGAGGAAGCCCAGGAUUUGGAAAAGCAGCCCUCUGUGGGGAGCCAGCGGGAUCAUGCCAUGCAGAGCUGGCAAGACAUAGUCAACAAGGUCAAUGCCCAGGUGGAUGAAGAACAGGCUCCUCGUUACCCACAAAGCCUCCACCUAGGCAGCCGACCCGGUGUCAAUCAAGCGCUGGCCAAUCCACAGAGAGGGGUGGGGAAGCAGCAAGCCAGUUGGGAAGCCGGAAAAGGAGGAACGGAUGACGAGGAACUCCAUAUGGAUGCUGGCAUGAUUGAGAAAGGAGGCAAUUCUCAGCCCCAGAAGGAUGCAAUCAUCCAGGAACCAGUGGUGCCUGAUGCUGCUGACCCUGCCAAGGACCCCAACAAUCAAGGGGAAGAUGAAUUCGAGGAGGCAGAGCUGGAACGCCCAGACUUUGAAGAGAAACUAGGUCAGGCCGUUCAACUUGGCCAUACCAAUGGGCCGGCUAAAGAUGCAACAAAGGGAAAGAUCCAGAAGGAUGCUGGUAGACCAAAGAAAAUUGCCGAUGACCCAAUGGAUGAUUAUCAGGAAGACCAGGAGCAAGAUCUUGAAGAUCAUGGAGGUGAGGUAGACGACGCUGAUGAUCUGGAACUGGCCCAGGAACCCGGAGGCCGAGUGGAAAGAGACUACUAAAUUUCACGCUGGCUCGAUGGGGGAUACCAGAGGAAAGAGCCUCAAA